AUGGACAGUGUGAUGCCCUUCGUGAUCGGGGGCUCGAGCGGCAUGAUCGCAACCUGCGUCAUCCAGCCCAUCGACCUCAUCAAGGUCACCAUCCAGCUCAACAGCGAGGCCAAACAGGGCGGCAAGUUCGGCUUCUUCGACGCCAUCAAGGAAAUCCGGAGCGAGGGCGGCGGGCUGCUCUCUUUCUAUCGCGGGAUUGACUCCGCCUUGGCCCGCCAGCUCUUCUACACCACCACUCGUCUCGGCAUAUUCAAAAACCUGACUGCCUACGUCAAGCAGCGCAACAACGGGGAAAACCUAUCCUUCUUCCAGCGGGCCUACUGCGGCGCCUUCUCAGGGUUCGUGGGCUCGAUCGUCGGCAACCCGGCAGACCUGGCCCUGGUGCGCAUGCAGGCCGACUCCAAACUGCCGGCGGACCAGCGUCGCAACUACCGCAACGUGUUCCACGCCUUCUACAAGAUCGUGCAGGACGAGGGCCCACUCGCCCUGUGGAGGGGCUGCGUGCCUACAGUGGUGCGCGCAAUGGUGCUCAACCUGGUGAUGCUGGCCUCUUACUAGCAGGCCAAAGACGAGAUCUGCAAGUUCUUCAACACCUCGGAGACCCAGGGCGUGCGGCUGGUGGGCAGCGCCUUCUCGGGGCUGCUGUCCUCCUUCGCGAGCCUGCCCUUCGAUAACGCCAAGACCAAGAUGCAGAAGAUGGUCAAGGGGCCGGACGGGACCUUCCCCUACAAGAACAUCUUUGACGCGAUGGGCAAGACGGUGGCUAACGAGGGCGUGAAGGGGUUGUGGGCGGGGUUCCUGACGUUCUACGUGCGGAUCGCGCCGCACGUGAUGAUAACCCUGGUGAUCCAGGAUUUCCUGACCGAUCGCUGGAACCGCUUCAAGGGCAAGGCCAAGGCUUGA